AUGGCCACUCAAUACGAACUCGAACACAAUGUCCAGUUCUCCGAAUCUCGCCGCGCCGGCCGCCGCGUCGACAUGGCCUCCUUCUUCUCCCUCCUCAACCAGCUAGACGAGCCCGCGACGACGCAGAACCCGCACAACAACCCGCACGCCACGCCCACGCCCGUCGACACCGCCGCGCUCUUCCGCCUGCUGCAGAGCCAGAUGCAGACGCUGCUGACGACGGCGCCGACGACGGACAACCGCUCGUUCCUCGAGGACCUCAUCAGCUCGCUCGAGGAGGACAUCCACGACCCGCCCACCCGGCUGCAGGGCGCCAGCCAGGAGUUUGUCGACAUGCUGGACCGCGUCAACAGGAAGAGGCUCGACAAGGACGACGACUGCGCCAUCUGCAAGGUGCCCUACCUGGAGGACGAGUUUUGCCUUGUCGUGGAGCUGCCGUGCAAGGGGAAGCACCGGUUCGAUCUUGAGUGCGUUGGGCCGUGGUUGCGGAGCAAGGGGACUUGUCCCAUGUGUCGUGAGGAGAUGGGCAGGAAGAAGGAGGUUCCUAUUGUGGAAGAUGAUGAAGAGGAGGAUGGCGAUAUGAUGUAUGCGUAA